AUGAACGAGAUCUCCUACAGAACCUACGCGGAAAAUGGCGAAAUAACCGAGGAAAUAACGUUCGACGAAUUCGUCAAGUAUUACAUAAACCAUCGUCCCGCCUUCGGAAUUUCUUUGCGCCAGUUGCAAGAUGCUUUCCAAACGUUCGCCGAUCCUGGUAGACGUCCAUCUUCGGGGACGGAGAACCCGGUUCUGACGCGCGAUCAAUUUCUGAACGUUUUGCUGGGAAAAGGUCCCGUGGACCAGCCACCGUACAGGAGCAAGGGUUUCGGGGAACCGUUUACGCCGCAAGAAGCUUACGCGUAUCCGAAGCUUCUUCUCGGUUGCGGCGACAACGACGACGAUCGAGACAAAGAGAAACGAAAUCUACGACGGAAGCGACAUUUUUUGCCAGAGAGGAUAUCUUACAAAGAGUUUAUCACGGACAUCAUGGGUAUCGAGUUGUCGGAGGAAACGAGGGCUGACGAUGAAUAA